AUAUUUUACAUACUAGCAAAUCUCAUAAACAAAGCGAGACGUUCGUGUACAUGAUUCUUGUUAGAUAUUUUUGUCGCGUGAAAAAUAACUGAAAUUAUUCGAGUUCCUAUUUUUAAACAACUCAUUUUUUAAAGAUGUGAUUUUUUCGCAGUGCCAAUUCAUUUUAAUAUUUUUAAUGAUUUGUUAUCAUCGAUGGUAUCAAUUUUAGAAGAAAAUAUCCAGUGAAAUUCGCGUGUUUAUUUUUUUUCAAUCAAAAUUUUACAGCGUCUAGUGAAGUUUUUAUUUUUACAUGGGCAAUCUACUUAAACCAUUCCAAAGAGGAUUUUUCUGCGAUGAUUAUUCAAUUUUAUAUCCUAAAACAGCAUCUACAGUACCCACACCGGUAGUAGCAGUUAUUGGAGUAGCAAUUCCAGUAUUAUUAAUUUUCUGGGGAGAAUACGCGGAGACGAAACGAAACAAGAAUACUACGAAUAUUGUACACAAUAUUGGAAAAUAUAAAAUCACACAUUACCAUUGGAAUUUAUAUCGUCGGCUGAUUUGCUGCGUCAGCGGAGGCUUGUUUUCAUUUUUGAUCACCGAAGUGGCCAAAAUAGAAAUUGGUCGCUUGAGACCGAAUUUUAUUGACGUUUGUGGUAUCAGAUGGUCCGAUUAUUGUCCCAACGAGACAUAUCCCUAUAUUGGAGCUGAAAAGUUCAAAUGUACCAACAGCGAUUCUGAUGAAAGCAGGGUAUCAUUUCCCUCGGGUCAUGCGAGCUUUUCGUUUUACGUUGCAGUUUUCACUGUGUUAUACUUGGAAAAGAGACUAAAAAUUGAGAGCACAAUUUUGAAGCCAACGAUUCAAUUUUUAGUUCUAUUAUUGGCUUGGUUCGUGGCACUAUCUCGAAUAAUGGAUAACAAACAUCAUUGGAGCGAUGUAUUGGCAGGAAUGGUGAUCGGAAGUGGUGUAGCUCUAAUAAAUACGAUUCUUGUGCAUUCGAUGUUCGAAGAUGAAAAACCACCAAUUAUUGUUAAUCCAGAUGUGAAUGGAAAUCGAGCAAGUAGAGUUUCGAACGAAAUACAAGAUUUAUUAUGAAACUGCAGGCCAGCACUCAGACGAGGGUUAAAAAUAUAUGCUUGUAAAAUAUUCGUAUAAGUAGGUAUGAGAAAUGAAAUUUACUCUCUUUCCGAUUUUUGCUACAACUUUCAACUCUAUUUUGAUAAUUUGACCAAAAAAAUCAUACCUAUUAAGUACCUACCUUCUCGAGAUUUACUUAUUUUUAUAAUUUUUGUAAUUUUAUUUUAUUUUUUGUAUUUUUUGUGCCUUUAAAUUAAUAAAUGCUGGAAGCAAUAGAA